AUGAACCUGGCUUGGCGCGGAGGGAAGAAGGUACGUGCCUGUCUUGGCCCUCACUCGCCCCUCACUCGCCCCUCACUCGCCCCCCACUCGCCCCUUGGACUCCGCGCGUGCCUCCCAACCCCUUUCCCUCCUUCCCGACUCCGCGCAUGCCUCUCAACCCCUCUGAAUCCCUCUGUUCUCCCCCCUCGGAUGCGGCGCGUGCCAGCUGGCAGCAGCCAGGGGGCCCGGAUGCGGCGCAUGCCAGCAGCGGGCGGGCCGGGGUGUGGGCGGCACAAGCUGAGCUUCCAGCGGCUGGCAUUCGAGCCCUCCCUCUCUGCCGUGCUUGCCCGCGCCGCUGCUGCCACCGCUGUCGCCGCUGCUGCUCCUGAUGAGGAUGGUGAUGGUGCUGCUGCUCGUGCUUCUGCUGCUGCGGUUGGUGCUCGUGCUGGUGUUGCUUCUGCUGCUGCUGCUGCUGCUGCUGCUGCUGGUGUUGCUGCUGGUGCUGUGGGAGGACGAGGCCAAGAGAGAAGGAAGAGUGGAGGAGGGGAGGGUGCUGCUGAUGGGUAUGCUGGCGAGGGGGGAGUUGGGGAUGAGGAGGAAGAGGGGGAAGCGGAAGAGGAAGAGGAAGAGGAAGAGGAUGAGGAGGAAGAGGAGGAGGAGGAAGAGGAGGAGGACGAUGGGUUGAACAUUAAUGUGACAUGGAGUGGGCCCAGUAAAGUCAGCACAGGCAGCAAGGAAGGCAAAGGAAGCAAAGGGAAUGAGAAUAUCAGUAGUAAGGUGGUGCAGGAAACGAGGUCUAGGGCUGUGGCAGGCACAGGAGGUGCAACUGGUGUGAGUGGUGUAUUAGUUGGGGGCACGGAUGGUGCAGCAGAGGGUAAGUGGGGGCAGAAAUUAGCAGGGAUGAAAGGGGUAGAGGAGAAAGUUCGUAGGGAGAAAGGUGAAAAAGAGGUGGUGGUGGAAGGAAAAGUGUUUGGGGAGAAAUUGGUGGGGAGUGAGAAGAAGGAACAAGCUGAGAAGACAGGGGAGGGGGGGUCGCGAUGGGACAGGCUGUUUGCUGUUGCUUCGUGUGAUGUGGAGGAGGAGGAGGAGGAGGAGGAGGAGGAGGAGGAGGAGGAGGAGGAGGAGGAGGAGGAGGAGGAGGAGGAGGAGGAAGGGGAGGAAGAGGAGGAAGAGGAGGAAGAGGAGGAAGAGGAGGAAGGGGGUGUAGAGGAGGGGAAUGGGGAAGAGGGGAAUGAGAGAUGGCAGAAAAAUUGGGGAAGGUCAAAUCUGGAGGGAGAGAGCAUGGAAGAGGAAAUAUUGGAAGAAGAUGAGUUGGAGGAGAAGAGAGCGGAGGGUGAGGAGAGUAAGGAGGGUGAGGAGAGUGAGGAGGGUGAGGAGAGUGAGGAGGGUGAGGAGAGUAAGGAGGGUGAGGAGAGUGAGGAGGGUGAGGAGAGUGAGGAGGGUGAGGAGAGUGAGGAGGGUGAGGAAGAAGUAGGGGAGGAGGAGAAAGAAGUCAAGAGGAUAAAGGUAAUGAAAGCAGGAGAGGAGCGAGGGGAGGAGGAGAUGGAAAUGAAGGAGGGGGGUGCAGAGGAGGGGAAGGGGGAGGGGGAGGGAGUGGAGGGCAAGAUAGUGGAGGAGGGUGAGGGAGAGGAGGAGGGAGAGAUAGAGGAGGAGGGUGAGGGGGAUGAGGAGGGAGAGAUAGAGGAGAAGGGGGGAGGAGAGGAGGGAGGUGAGGGAGAGGAAGAGGGGGAGGAAAAGGAGGAGGGCGAGGAAGAGGAGGAGGGCAUGGGAGAGGCGGAGAGUGAAGGAGAGGAGGAGGGUGAGGAGGGUGGAGCAGGGAGUGAGGAUGAGGGAGUAGAUGAAGGGGAGGAGGAGGAAGGUGAGGGGAGUGAGGAGGAGGAGGAGGAUGUGGAGGAAGGUGAGGAAGAAGGGGAGGAUGAGGAGGCAACAGGGGAGGGGGAAGAGGAAGAGGAGGAGGAGGAGGAGGAGGAGGAGGAGGAGGAGGAGGAGGAGGAGGAGGAGGAGGAGGAGGAGGAGGAGGAGGAGGAGGAGGAGGAAGAGGACGAGGAGGAAGGGGAAGGCAAGGGGAGUGAUAAGCGCACAAGAAAGGGGGCAGAAGUGCCUUCGUGGGACAGUCUAUUUGCUUUGGCUGCUGGGGAGGGGCUUGGUGCUGGGGAGGGGAAGGGGAAGGAAGAUGGGAGGAAGGGCUCUGUGACAGAUGGUGGUGUCAGUGGUGGGGGAGGGAAGAGGAAAGGGGCAUUGGAGGGGCCUAGACCAGAGGAGGGAGGGAAACGGGAGAGGGAGGUGGAGGGGGGGUCGUUGUUUGGGGCAGAGCUGGUAGCGCCUGUAACAACUGGCUUCAAUGGUGCUGGUGCUGCUGGGGUUGGUCUUGGUGCUGCUGCUGGUGGUGAGAUUGCGGGGAGAGGGGACGGUGGGGGAAGAGGAUGGAGAGGGGGGAGAGGAGGGUUGUUUGGGAGGGGGAGGGGAAUGGGUGGAAGGGGAGGAGGGUUGGAUGGGGGUGCAGGAGAGGGGGAGGGAGGAGGCUCAUCCGGGGGAGGUAUACCUGACCUGUUGGCUUUGGAGGAAGCGAGAGGGGCAGGUGAUAUGGAGAAGCUUCUGAUGGACAUGGGAGGAAGCUUCCUCAAGUCGGAGGCGGAGGAGGGGAAGUGGAACCGCAAGAAGAAUGAGCUGCGGCUGGAGCUGAAGCGGCAGCAGAAGUUUGCUCUGAGGAAGAUGAUGAAGUGA